CUGGAGCCAGGUCACAUGUCGCUUCACAUGUCAAUAAAAAGACAGCCUCUCUCGAAACCCCCCGCCAACGGAUUCCACGUACUCUUCUCUUCUGUAUUUUUCUUCCCGGCACUGUAACCCCUGAUGCUUUUGUUUCCCCACUAAUACAGGUUCAUUUUCCCCGAUACACAGUUAAAAGCCUUACUCGACGCCUUCCCUACGUUACUAGCCGCAAUGAAACUUACACGCGCUAUAUCCCUGACCAAUUUCUUCGUGGCCAGUUCUGCCCUGGGGUUCCAGGUUUUCGUAUUAUAUCCGUGGCACAAAGAGUUAGACGCGGAAUUCGAUAAGCUGAAGAAGGAGCACUUAAAGGUUCUGAAUGCAGCGGGAAACAGUUUGAGCGAGCAGCAACAAAAGGCCAUGGCCGACGAAUUGAUUGAGCUGAAGAACAAAAGCUCGAGAAGUAGCUUCCAAUUCGUCAAUCAUGCACCAAAUCCCGCAGAAGCAAUCAGCGCUGCUAAAGACAAAAUCCUGCCAACCAAGGAAAAGCUCAUGGCCGCUGCAACAAGUGAAAAUUUAACAAGCCUAUCUCUUUACGCAAGAUACGCUCUCGCUGGCGCUUUCUGUUGUUCUUUCACUCAUGCCGUCCUUACUCCCGUUGAUGUGGUUAAAACAAGGAUCCAGCUCGACCCACUUACAUACAGCACCAGUCUUUCCAAGAGUGCACGACGUAUAGUUUCAGCUGAAGGACCAGGAGCUCUCCUUACGGGGUUAGGUCCGACAAUCACCGGCUACUGCCUCCAGGGUGCUUUCAAGUUUGGCGGUUAUGAAUUUUUCAAGGCUCGUGCAGUAGACUAUCUCGGACAAUCAACUGCUGCCAAUCACCGAAAUUCUGUAUAUCUUGGCUCAGCCGCUGCGGCUGAGUUCCUCGGCGAUAUCGCACUUUGCCCGUUCGAGUCUGUUCGAAUACGACUUGUAUCUCAGCCUAGCUAUGCCACUGACAGCAUAAGCGCCCUCGCUAAGCUAGCAAGAGAAGAGGGUACCGGCGGCCUCUACUCUGGCCUGAGCCCUAUCCUACUCAAACAGAUUCCCUAUACCAUGGCGACAUUUCUAGUCUACGAAAAAGCUAUCCAGACGGCCUAUAGUGUUGUAGAUAAGAAAGAACUAUCCUCGAUGGGAGUUACUGGCAUCAACCUUGGGGCUGGGCUUGUCGCUGGAUUGGCAGCGGCAGUUGUCUCUCAACCGGCCGAUACGAUGUUGAGUAGAAUCAACAAGGAAAAGGCAGGUAGGGAUGAAAGCACAACACGCCGCUUAUUCCGCAUUGCUUCCGAGCUUGGACUGCGCGGUGCUUACACAGGUAUGCAAGCACGCGCAGUUAUGGUUAGUGGCAUGACGGCAGUGCAGUUCGGCAUUUACGGAGACAUAAAGAAGCUCUUUGGGGCAGUUGAUGGAGUGGAGUUGAGCCAGCGCUAUGUUGCCCAAGACUAUUCUAAACGUGAGUAUGCCUAGAAGUUUCUUUUGUUAAGUGAGGGUAGGAACAAAACUAUAUAAACAAGGCUCUAGCUAUCUAAUCUUGAUGAGUUAAACGUCGCAGUCUUUCCCUCUUGAUAGUUCGCUAUAUGUUGUUUUAUAAAUAUAAGCCUUACCUAUGAAUAUAAACU